AUGAGUGAGUUUUCAGUCCGAUUCGGGAUGAAUCCCUCUUUCGCUCAGCCAUUGAGAAGAAAAGUCCGAAAGAGAGAAGACGAUCAAAGUCAACGUCGCAUUCAAAAUCGAAAAACGGCAGAGGAAACACGAAGAGCACGCAGACGAAGAAGUCGAGAAUGUCGGAGAAAUCAAAGUCGUCGCAGCAGAAAUCGGUUAAAUCGAAAAUGACAGCAAAAAGUGGGCUGAGCCCUCCGAAGAGCAAAACGUGGUCGAAACAAGCGGAGCCUUCGGAUGUGAGAGAUCGGAACGAUGGGAUGAUAAACUGUUCUGAUUUCAGCUCGGAAUCGACGUGACGCAGUGGGAGUACUCUCAUUAUAAGGACGAGGCGAAGGGAAUCGUGAACGAGGAUCCAAACAAAUACGUGACGGACAAGGACGGAGAGUCGACUCCGUUUCUCGCCGAGCAGAAGCAGGUGACGCUCGUCCGAGGAGAGCAUCUCAAGAAGAAGCCCCUCUUCACUCUCUUCUUCCUUUUCGUCGAAAUUGUGAGUACUUCCCUUUGCACACUGUUCCGUACACACUUCAUGGCAGAUUCUAACACUGACGGUGCUCAUUACGUGGAGUUUCUUCAUAGAGUACAACGAGUUCUGCCCGGUCGUUCUCUGUUUUGCCAACCUCAUAAUCCUUCUCAUCAUCCUCCUGAUGGUAUUCGUAAUUCAGUUCGGUCGGUUCAAUGUCGUCGAAGAGGUGCUCUACGAGGACAUCCGUUACAGGAUCCCCUACCAAUGGAAGUAUUGGGCAAGUAACUCGAGCACUCGCGAACAUCCAUCCAAUCUCUUCAGAUCUGCGUCUCUCACAUCCUCCGCUUCUUCCUCACCUGCACGAACAUCACCACCGGCGCACUCGAUAACAACUUUGACGGCGGCGUCAUCGUGCUAAUUUCCGGUAUGCCCAUCAUGCUCAUCCUCGCCGCCGGCCACGUUUUCUUCGCUUUGAGACCUCAAGGUUAA